AUGCACGCCGUCCGCUCACUGCUCAUCCUGCUCCCAGCCCUCACCGGCCUGGGCUUCACGGAGACAAAACCCCGGCAGACAUCAUGGACCGUAGGCCAGCCUGUAACCGUGAGAGCUGGUGCUGUGAGAGGCGCUCCCUCCCGCGUGCGGCCGGACGUCUCUGCGUACCUGGGCAUCCCCUUUGCCCAGCCUCCGACCGGUCAGCUGCGCUUCAUGCCUCCUGUGGCGGUGACCUCGUUCAGUAAUUCCGGAAACUCGAGUACAUUCGAUGCCUCAAACUUUGGGCCUGACUGCCCAAGCAAUCAUAUCCCGACUGAUGAGGCCUAUAUUGGCGGGCCAGCCGGGCAGGCGAUUCUCACCGCCGAAGCCCAGACCGGACGGCCGCUGAGCGAGGACUGCCUGUCACUGAACGUGUGGACAAAACCGCAGUCGGGGACGGGUGCACCCAAGGCAGUGUUGUUCUGGAUCUUUGGCGGAGGCUUCUCUAUCGGCAACACGGCGUGCGAAAUAUAUGACGGCUCGGUGCUCGCCGACGAGAACGAUGUAGUGGUGGUCUCGCCAAACUAUCGCGUCAAUAUCUUCGGCUUCCCGGGUGCCCCUGGCCUGCAGCAGAACGUCGGGCUGCUGGACCAGCGAAUGGCUCUCGAAUGGACGCGCGACAACAUCGCCGCGUUCGGCGGCGACCCAUCGCGCAUCGCCGUGUUUGGCCAGUCAGCCGGCGGGGCGUCAACUGACUAUCUCAACAUGAUGUACCCGAAUGACCCCAUCGCCCACGGGUUUAUCCCGCAGUCGGGGGUGGCCAGUGGCGCGGUCGGGGGCCUGACCGGGACGCCCGAGAACGGCGCUACAGCGUGGUAUAACGUCUCUGCCUCGGCCGGUUGUGGUGGCGAGGAGGCUGGGAUGCGGACCGUGGACUGUAUGCGUAUGAAGACCACGGCUGAGAUCCUGGGUGCUGUUAACGAGAAUGAUUACAUUGCAAUCGCCACGGGUUUCGCACCCAUUGCAGACGACAUAUCGGCCCCGACAGCGGCGGUUGACCGCCUCAAUGCUGGCAAUUUCGCGAAGGUACCAAUGCUGGUCGGUAACGUCGACGACGAAGCCAGCUUCGUAUGGCCAGUCCUGCUCGCGUAUACGUAUUUUGACAAGUCAACGGUGAACACGCUCGCGCCGCUGACAAAUUUGGUCCGGCCUAUCUUUGACAUCGUCAACCUCAUCGGCUUCACCUGCGGUUCGCGCCAGGCGGCCGGCCUGAGGGCGGACCAGGGCGUUACGACGUACCGGUACCGCUUCUACGGGGGCAACUACACGAACCUCUACAUCAAUUACGUCGGGUCCGGCUACCACACCGCCGAGCUGCCCGUUGUGUUUGGCACGGCGUCGUGGCUGACGGGGAUUCAGGACACGCCUGCGCAGGCGUCCAUGGGAGCGUUCAUGAGGAACGCCUGGGCUGAGUUCGCCAGAGAUCCAGAGAAUGGCCUGUCGAAUCUGGGGUGGCCCAAGUACAAUGAACAUGACAACACCCUUGCGCGGCUCGCGUACGAGAGUGACCCGCAGCCGUCCUAUAUCAACCCGGACGAUACCGACACACUCUGCACGCCCAUCAAUUUCGUGUUGAACAGAGUCACCGGCUCAACCACUACUGUGUUGGGCUGUCUUUACUCGUCCCUCAUGUCAAUCGUGACGAACGGGACGCAGUCGACGCAAGUGAGGCAGGUUCUGGCCAAGAGCCCCGGACCUUUGACGCCGGCAUCUGUCACAGACAUCAUCAUGGGUCUUGUUGGCUUGAUGGGGAAGGCCUGA